CGGAGGUGCUCAUGCUACUCCAAAGCACACCGGAAUCUCUUCUGUUGGUGGCUGUGGAAGUUUUCCUCCUUUUGCGAGCGAUCCUACCAUUGCAUAUACGUCUCGAUACUUUCGAGUACGCUAUAUCCCGCAAGCAAGCUCAAUGGAGACUCCUGAACAGACAACAACUGGACAGCAAGCGAUGCCGGAAACGAGGGCGAAGACCGGGGCAACAACACAAACUACCAUUGCCUCUGUUCCAGACUGGCCCCUUGAAGCUCAGACAUUAAAGAAGAAGACAUGGACUCGCUAUAUGUACAUACUUGGAGAUAUUCUCUUAGUUCUACUGCCGAUUUACUUCAUACUACUUGGUGUCGCUGUUGUCACGCUCAAUGGGAAGCCCACUAAAGAUAACCGAUUUGGGGAAAAAGUGGAAGCUGCCAUUCAACUAGGCCCUACCAUAUUCCCGAUAGUGUUUGCCGCGAUUUGCGGUAGAAGUAUGAAGAUGAUUGCCCGUUACAUUGCUGAGCGACGUGCGAAACUCGGUACAUUAGAGCUACUCAUGGCAAGCCAGUCAGUGUGGGGCACUAUUGAAAGCCAAUUUCUUAUGCAGCGUCUUACACUUGUUGGUGUCAACCUCUUAUUUCUCUGGGCUCUAUCGCCACUCGGUGGUCAAGCUUCCUUGCGGUUGAUGAAUCGAGGAGAUAAACUGUACGAGAGUACUGAAAAAAUUCGUUAUAUGAGUACUGGGCCAGGCAGUAUUUUCUGGGGACUGUCUACCACGUACGUAGACAGUGGGAAAUUUGCCGAUGCGACAGCUUUAUACAACACUGCACUCAUGGCACCCGUGUCAAACAAACUUGGUCCCCGAGAUCCAUGGGGAAAUGUUAAGAUUCCUCGCUUGGAGCAGUACAGCAUUUCCUCGACCGAGUGGCAUGAUGUUCCAGCAGCCAUGGAAUCUGCAGAAGCGUACUCUUCCUUGGUCGGGCUGCCAAUCGUUGGGCUACCGGCUCAUGAUGAUUCAUCUUUCACUGUAGAGACUACGUACCUUACGGUCAACUGCACACCUUUCGGCAAGACGUACAUCCCGAAGUUAGAAGGAGCAGGGAAUAAUGAAGAAAACUGGCCUCUGAUUGAGAAGUUAGUCCCUGGUCAAGUCUGGAAAAACAAAUCAGAACAAGGAACGAAUCCAUUCGGGCUAGGUGAUAUUGGCGCACCGAACGUUGAUAAAACUUCAUUCUUCAUAGACACUGACCGGCCCUUGUGGAGCCAGUCGGAGCAGACAUUGGAGAAUGCGGCAUACUUACAGCGAUUCGAAGCGUCGCUUGGAAGCACCAAUGUCUCUUUACUCGUUGGUGGGAAUAGCUCUUUUCGGGAACCUCGAAAUCUGCUGUACGCCACGAAAAGUCCUCGACAGCGCGAAGACGGAACUUUCAGAACGAACGAAUUAAACCUCGGUGUCACAAAAUGUGCACUCACUCAAACCCACGUCGAGGUUAUGAUCCAAUGUUCCGGAGAGUUAUGUGCUGCGAGGAAGCUGAGGACAUCGUUAUCAGACAAACGGUCUCCCAAUUACACUGGUCUUGAGCAUACGCUUGUCAUGCAAGGGUUCACGGCUGAGUUUCCAUUCGCAGUGGCUCCAGCAGUGGGCAGCAGCAGUGCUACCGAGCACUUUUUAAACGACAGUUCAGACUACCCAUUUGUGAGAAACAAUCGACAUGGUGGUAACGACGUAGAUGUUCUCUAUGUGGACUUAGCCCAAGUCCCGAGCGACAUCUUUUCGCGAAGACUGAGUUCGCUGUUGAGCACUUUCUAUCAGCUUACGAUACAGCCUUCUGGAUAUUGGGGGAGCCUUCCUAACAACCUGUCAUUGUAUGGCCCUGAUGUAUUGCCAGUGGAUGAUUUCCAAUACUAUUUUCCCGGUAACAAGUCUAUUUCAAAUUCGACUCUAGAAGAAUGGGGGGUCGAGGUGAUUACAAUGAUGGAUAAAGAAAUAACCGCGCCCUUCAUCGGAGCAACCACUACGGCGAACGUCACGUCAACGGAACAAGUCUUCGUCUGCCAAUACGCUUGGUUGGCUCUUCUAUUAACAUGUUCUACGACCAUCCUCCUGACCGGAUUCGCUGGCUUAGUACUGAAGAGGAGGACAUUGGGACCCGAGUUGUUUGGCUUUGUUGCCAGCAUGACUUAUGAAAAUCCAUACGUACGCAUUCCGGAAGGAGGGAGCACGCUGGACGCCAUGGAGAGAGCGAAAUUACUAAAGGACGUGGAGGUGUGCGUCGGUGACGUUCAUGGCGACGGUGUCACUGGGCACAUCGCCUUUUCCGCCGGGGUUCCCGUCCGGAAACUAUGGCGAGGGAGGCUGUACGCAUAA